AUGAAGUUCUUCCUAAUUUUGCUUCUGCUCGUGCCGGUCACAACUGCUUCAGAUGGACAAAAAUCUGAAGAGUUUUGUGAAGAAACCAAGGUUGCAAAAGAGCUGAAAAAAGUCCAAGCCCUCGGAGAAACAGUGAAGGGAAAUUCUGAAUUUGCCAUCAAUUUCUUCAAGCAUGUGACCUCCAUGGCUUCUCAAGGCAAGGCUUCCACACCCACAAAUGUUGUUUUUUCACCCCUGAGCAUUUCUUCUACUUUUUCCAUGUUGAUGCUGGGGUCUGGAUCAAAGACCCACCAGGAAAUCUGGGAAGGUUUGAGACUGAACAACACACAUUGCGAGGAAAAGGAGGUCCACCGGGCUUAUUCCAAUCUUCUCCAGAUGUUGAAUGAACCAAAGAGCAGUCUUAGGGUUGACAUCAGCAACGCAAUCUUUUUGCAAGACACACUGACCUUGCUGAAAAACUUUGAAGAUAGUGUACAGGAUCUUUACCAUGCCGAAAUUAGGAAAACCAAUUUAACUGACCCACAAAAAGCUAAAGAAGAGAUAAAUGAAUAUGUGAAGAAUAAAACUGAAGGCAAAAUUGAGGAACUUGUCAAAGACCUUUCUAAAGACUCUAAUAUGGUCCUGAUCAACCUUGUUCUGUUUAAGGGAGAAUGGCAGGAACCAUUUCAUCCAGGUAGUACAAAACUUGAGAAGUUCAUUGUUGAUAAGACCACGACGGUGGAUGUUCCAAUGAUGCUUCGCUUGGGUCAGUACAACUUUUACCGUGACACAAAGCUUUCUUGCACAGUGGUCGAGCUUCCAUACAAGGAUAGCGCAUCUAUGAUUAUUGCCAUCCCCGAGCCAGGCAAGAUCCAUGAGUUAGAACAAAGAUUGUCCACUGAGACCAUACACCGAUGGAGGACGUCAUUUAGAAAAGGGCCCAUUGAACUUUCCUUACCCAAAUUUUCUAUCAGUUCAACUAUAAACCUUGAGGAUGCUUUACAUCAGCUUGGCAUCAAUACUGCUUUCACCAAUUCUGCGGACUUCUCCGGAAUCACUCAGGACGUUGGCCUCAAAUUGGAUAAAGCAAUGCACAGGACUAUACUAGAUGUGGAUGAAAAGGGGACAGUGGCUGCCGGAGCAACCACCUCGGAGAUGGUUCCAAUGAUGCUAUUUCAAAGGUUAAUCUUCAACCGUCCAUUUGUUUUAAUAACCUCUGAUAAAAAUACUAACAGCAUUCUUUUCAUGGGGACUGUCAUGAAUCCUGCACAGAAAUAA